UUACAAAAUUAAUAUUGGAGCACUAAUUAAGACACGGUGUCAAGUAACGGGCGUUAGCACCGACGAGGAAGGAGAUGGUAUAAAAUACACACUAACAACAUAAAUUGCAUAGUAUUCAUCACCAUCAUUCUCAGAAGUCACAAACAAACACACACAAGAGAGAGAAGGAGCAGUUACAAGUUUCUCUCGCCUGUCACGAGAACAAUGGAUAUCUGCAUGGAUAAAGAGCCAGAUGGUCUAGUGGUCUAUGCUAAUAGUGAUUCUUGUGAUCCAAACCAAGAAAAUGUUUCUGUACUGCCUCCCUUAGAUUCAGUAUCACGCGACGAAGCCAAUGGAAAUACAGAGCUUCUAUUAACAGAAGAGAACGUUGAAGUAAAAGAAUAUGAUGUUAAAGAGUGUACUAAUGAAAUUCCAGCUGCUAAGCCAUUGGAAGAUGGCAAUAUGGAGAUAGCUGCGUUGGGAAAGGAAGCUAAACGUGCGUUGAAAGCAGGUCGUUGGAUUAACAAAAAAAGGAAUACUGUUCCACAACCAUUUGCUUUAGCUACUGAGAAGCGUGCUUCAUCUACUACACGUUCGUUUACGGGUGAGUCUCAUGGAGUAGCAGCUGUUUCGAAAAUAUAUCCGGAUGGGUAUAGUAAAGUACAAAAUCAGGCCACAAAGGUACCUAGGAAACUCUUGCAGCCAAAAAACAAGAAGGUUUCUGAUGAGGAAGAUUCUUGCUCUGUUGCUUCUUAUGCCAAAUCAAGAACCAUUGUCACCGCAGCUCCUUCGUUUCGAUCCACUGAGCGUGCAGAGAAGAGGAAGGAGUUCUAUAUAAAACUGGAAGAGAAACACCAAGCCAUGGAGGCUGAGAAAACGCAGAGCGAAGCAAGGAACAAGGAGGAAAAUGAUGCAGCCUUGAGGCAACUAAGAAAGAGUUUGAUGUUCAAAGCAAACCCAAUGCCCAAAUUCUACCAUGAGGGGGCUCCUCCAAAGGUUGAACUUAAGAAGCCACCUCCAACACGAGCGAAGUCGCCAAAACUAGGGCGGAGGAACAGGAGGCGGCAUGAAACGCGAAAGACUCUAAUAGUGAUCUCUAAAGAAGACCCUGAUGAUGAAACUGCACACAAUGCUGACCAGAUAAACCGGUUUGUUACAGAGGAAGAAGUGAACCAAAACAGUCUUUUGGUGACAAGGAACUGAGAGUUAUGUUUCUGCUGUGAGAAUGUGUGGGAUGGCUUGUGUUUUUUUUAAUUUUUUUUUUUUUUUUCCGACGAUAAUUUUAUUGAUUUUCAU